CAUUUUAGAUAUUAAAUAAUAAUCAUUCGUCGUCUAUUGGUUCCAUAAUAAUUAGUUUUAUUUUGAAAAACUGCAAAUUAAUAUACAAAUGUGACACGUGUGUGGACAAUCGCAUGAUAUUUUACGUAAAAAGAUUAAGUACUGUGUUUUCUGGUUAUUUUUAGAAAAAUAUUUUCACGUGAAAUUAUUGUUACGUUGUGAUGAAAUGUCAUUUUUCGGUGGAACCAGUGGAUAUUGUAAUUGAUCGGAAUAAGUUGUUUUGUGAUGGUUAAUAGAUCAGAUUUAGUCUUGUAAACUGAUGAUAAACAGAUAUAUGAUCAGUAGUGUUUCUUUAUUUCCAUCUUGUGUGGAUUUUCAUCGUAUUUCUGAUUGGAUGAGUUAACGUUUUUGAGAAAGUGAAGGGUGAUCAGUCGUGAGAUGAGCUCCCCACCACCGGUGGAGUUGGAAGUGGAAGUAGCUGACGAGUCUAUUGAAGUGGAAGUAGACAACGCAGACAUGAUUCCAGCUGACAGGUUUACUUUACCAGCGCGCGCUGAUGCCGUGGUGGAGCUAUGGCGGGCCAAGAUGGCGGAGGGGGUGCUGUCGCCCGCACACUUUCACGACCACUGGCGGGUCACCGUGCCCAGGAUUUACUCACCACAGCCGAACAGGACCUGUUUGGAUUGGUCGUUCGACGAGGACUUAGCUGUUCAGCUGUUGUUCCAUCCUUUGGAGCAGUUCGUAUGGAACACGAGCGCGGGCACGCUGCCGGCGGCGCCGCGGCGCUCCACGCUCUGCGGGAAGGUGUUCAAGCAGGGCGAGCCGGCUUACAGCUGCAGGGAAUGCGGUAUGGACAACACAUGCGUGCUGUGCGUGGAGUGCUUCAAGGUGUCCCCGCACCGUCACCACAAGUACAAAAUGGGCCAGUCCGGCGGCGGCGGCUGCUGCGACUGCGGCGACACGGAGGCCUGGAAACGGGACCCGUUCUGUGAACGGCACGCUAAAAACUCAGAAGAAGAAACGAAUACCAACGUGAGUGCUGAGGUACUGGAGCGCAUGAAGAUCGUCGCGUCAGUUUGCCUCAAUUACUGUUUAAGGCUGCUCACUAACGACCACACGCCGGGGCUGCCAAACGAUCUAAGACUGAAGGACGCCGAACGAGACCUCCUUCAGAUAUUGGACCAGCCGGACUGUUAUUGCACCGUCCUUUAUAAUGAUGAGACACACACGUUCGAACAGGUGAUAACAACCCUGAUCCGAGUGAUGAAGUGCAACCACCGCGACUCAGUGGAGCUGGUCACGCUCAUCGACCGCGAGGGUCGCGCGCUGGUCAAGUGCAACACGUUCCAAGUCUGCGACAAGCUCAAGAACGAUAUAGAGUCUUGCACGGCGAUGUUCGAAAGGUACACGUCGCGGCACGGGCCCAGCCUCAAGGUGCUCGUCAUGCACGCCCACCUCAUCGCGCACCAGACCUUCGCCAUGAAGCUCCUGCACUGGUUGCAAAUCUUCGUGAGCCUGGAGCCGAGUCUCCGGCUGGCGACGAGUCAGGUGGCGCUGGGGGCGGAGGCGUGGGGCGUCAGCACGUCGUUACACGGCGGCGGCGUCACGGCCGCCGUCAUGCAGAACGACUUCCGCAUGUGGAAGGCAGCCAGGUCUGCUUGGCACCGCCUGCUCAUAGCCACCACGCUCAUGGACUACACCACCAAGCGGGAGAUGGCUAUAUUGUUCACCAGGAAUUAUGGCUCGAUCCUAAAGGACUUCAUCCGCGAUGACCACGACCACACAUUCUCGAUCUCGUCGCUGUCGGUGCAGCUGUACACGACGCCCACGCUCGCGCACCACCUCAUAGCGCGGCACGACGCGCUCUUCAUCGUGCUCAACACGUUCAUCAGCGAGUGUAACCGCCGCUGCAAUAGCAAGGGCCGGCUCGAGUUCGACCGGAACGUGCCGACCGGUUUCAAACGCGCCCAGUUCAUCCUGUACGACGUGAAGUACCUGCUGAGCUCGGUGCCCGCCACCUUCAGCGACGACCUCCGCAAGGGCUUCAUGCACGGCCUCUCGCUGAUGCUGAACCUCCUUGUCAUGAUGCAGGGCAUGGACUCGGUUGUGCGACAAGUCGGGCAGCACAUGGAGUACGAGCCGGAGUGGGAGUCGGCGUUCAACCUGCACGUGAAGCUAGCGCACAGCAUCACGCUGGCGCUGGAGUGGGCUGCAGCCGAGAGGGGACUAGCAGCCUCCGCGUACCGCCUCGCGCUGCGCCGCCUGGCGGACGCCACCACGCACCCGGCCACCGUGCUCAAAGAGCUGGGCAACCAGAGCGCGUCGGUGAUCCCGUACGACGUGUCGACGCAGCCGGUGUCGAUCCACCGGCCGCUGUCGCGGUUCAUCGCCGGCCUGCACCUGCAGCUGCACCGCCACAACCUCUCCUACCACUCGCCCGAGUUCGACCGCCCCGACAGGCCCAAGCCAACGCCCGAGGAGCUCAUCGAGCCGGUGCUGCAGACGAUGGCGAUGAUCGCGCAGGUGCACGCGGGCAUGUGGCGGCGCAACGGGUUCGCGCUGCUCAACCAGCUGUACUUCUACCACAACGUCAAGUGCCGCGCCGAGAUGCUCGACCGGGACGUCGUCAUGCUGCAGAUCGGGGCAUCUCUCAUCGAGAGCAACGAGUUUAUAAUCCACGUGCUGAACAAGUUCAACCUGCUGGAUUGGGCGGCGCCAGACUUCGAGCAGCGCACCAUCGAGGACGACGCGCUGCGGUACACCAUCAGCAUGGUCGAGGAGUUCCUCGGGCUGCUCAUCACAGUGGUCGGUUCCCGGUACGUGCCCGGCGUGGGCGAGGUGACCAACGAGGACCGCACCAAGAAGGAGAUCAUACAGAUGCUCUGCGUCAAGCCCAUGCCACACUCAGAACUCAAUAGGUCACUGCCAGAAGACCAAGUCCACGAGACCGGGCUCGAAGCGGUCAUCCACGAGGUGGCGGACUUCGUUAAACCGAGCAGUGGCAACAACCGCGGCGUGUACAAACUGAAGCCGCAUCUAUACGACGAGUACGACACGUUCUUCUACCACUACACGCGCGAGGAGCUGUCGCGCAGUGAGGAGGAGCAGCGCAACAGGAGGAAGGCCGCUGGGCUGGCGGAGUGCUGCCCGCCGCCGCGGCUGCCGCGGCUGGCGCCGCCGUUCCGGCUGCUGGCCAGCGUGCUGCAGUGCGACGCGGCGCUGCACGUGCUGCGCACCGUGCUGCAGCGCGCGCUCGACCUGCGCGCGCGCUCCUUCUCCGAGACGCAGGUGCACAAGGCGCUGCAUCUAAUGGGAUACGCAGUGCGCGACGAGGAGAGCGGUGACUACGAGUUCCUGGCGUUCGCUGAAAGCGCCGAGCGCAGCGGCCUGCUGGCGCUGCUGCAGCAGCUCGCCGCCAGCCCCAGGGUCGACGCGCACCGCCACCUCGCUAAGUGGCUGCUCGCCAAGAUGAAGAAACUUUUGGGGCAAAACGAGGAGCAAAUCGGCGACGCCGAGAAAAUGGAGACAGAUCUACAAGAGCAACCGGCCGAAGAAGAAAGUGCAGAAGCGGAGAAGAGCCGUCGCUCGAAGCUAGCGGCCGAGAGGCGCGCCAAACUGAUGGCGCAGAUAAAAACGCAGAUGAAUAACUUCAUAUCGAACAACGCCACCCUGUUCCAGGAGACCAACACCGAGGUAACGGCAGAGGAGCAAAACCUUCGGCCGCUGUACUGCGGCACAGCGCUGGGCGUGUGGGGCGGUGGUGUACCUGAGCCGCCGCGUGUCUGCAUCAUGUGCCAGGAGGAGGCGCGGGUGGACAUCAAGCUGGAGCCACUGGUGCUGGUGGCGUUCGUGCAGCAGUCGACGGUGCUGAGCCGGCGGCGGGCGGCGGGCGAGGCGGCGGGCGCUGGCGCGAGUGCUGGCGCGAGUGGGCGGGCGAGCGCGGCGUGGAUGCCGGCCGGGCUGGGCGCGCAGCCGCACGUGUCGUCGUGCGGCCACGCGCUGCACGCGCGCUGCUGGCGCAAGUACGUCGACGGCGUGCUCGACAAGGAGAACCGCAGGCUAUACCGUUUGCGUCAGCCGGCCGCGUUCGACGUCGAGAAGCGAGAGUACCUAUGCCCUCUGUGCGAGCGGCUGUGCAACACGACCUUACCGCUCCUCCCCGCCCCCCUCCUUCUCAGAGGCUCCCCACCGCCACUCUCAGAGGAGACCUAUAGGGAAUCCGUCAAACUCGUUCUGAAGCUGAAACACCAGGUGUGCUCCGAACCGGUCCACAUCUGCACGGAGUUCUGCGAGGAAAUGCUGUGCCAGGCCCGUGCCAGGAGAGUGGGCGCGAUGUCCACGGACACGGAGGACGGAGACACGACAGAGGAGAAAGAGGUCUACGUCUCCACUCACUCGGAGAAUCUCUUGCCACGAGAAUUUCUCAUCCACUUCUAUGAGGACAUACAACAUUAUAACGAUUCCAUGCAAUCACAUAUAGAACACUUUGUUAAUGUGCUGCCGAGCCUGUGCGGGCUGGGCGAGACGGGCGCCAUGGCGGGCGCGGCGGCGCUGUACCGCGCGCUGGCGUACACGACGCUGAGCAGCAGCGCCGUGCUGCGCGCCGAGCGGCGGCCGCUGCUGGGCGAGCUGCCGGCGCGGCUGCGCGCGGCGCUGCAGGCGCUGGUGCGGCUGGCGGCCGUGCUGCCGUCCGUGUGGCCCGCGCCCGCGCACCUGGCGCACCACGCGCUCGCCGCGCUGCACACGCUCGAGAACGCCUCGCCGCUCGCGCACGAGCCCUUCGCCACCCUCGCCGCCCUCGUCAUGACCGCCACCGCGCUCUUCUCCAAGCAGGCCGGCCCCGCCCGCCCCACCAACCUGGCCAGGCAGAUGACCCUGCACGCGUUGCGCGCCAACAUCACCAGGGCCCUCAUCGUGCUCGACCUCACCUCGUGCACGAGCGAACCGAUGGAACACGGAGAACAAUACCGGCCUAAACCAGACCUAGAAAAUCUGCUGCCCCUCAUAAAGGAAUUACGCAGAGGCAAGCUCGAGGACGGGCUGAAUGCGGAGGAGGUGUGGGAGAAAGUCAAGGGUCAGUGCCACACGUUUUUGAGGUGCUGCUGUCUCUUGUUCCACUUCCUGAGCGAUAUAAAUCCACCUAUGCAGUUGACGGUUGUGGAUGGCGACACGUGGGAGGUUAUGUGUGGAUAUCUGGAGUUGCCCACGACGUUUAAGGCGUUGAUGGAUACCCCAGCGGUGAGGCAGAAGGCCAAAGAAUGGGCGGCGAUGUCGAACGAUUGGUUCAAAGGAAAGAUACCCGCUCAUAUUGUGACUGAACCCAGCGAGCCUCCGAGAUUGAUACCACUGCCAGACGACUUCUCGGAGCUGAUGAAUGUGGUUUCAGAAUUUUCAUGCCCCAAUUCAGAGAAGGAGGACAGUAAAUAUCCAACUAUGUGUUUAGUGUGCAGUCAGAUAUUGUGCUCGCAGAGUUAUUGCUGCCAAAUUGAAAUACGUAAGCCGCGGACCGGCAGCGGAGGUGGCGGACGCGGCGGGCGCGACAGCAGCACGGAGCACGUGGGCGCGGCGGUGGGGCACGCGCUGCGCUGCGGCGCGGGCGCCGGCGUGUUCCUGCGCGUGCGCGACUGCGAGCUCAUGCUGCUGGCCGCGCCCGCGCGCGGCGCCAUGCUGCCCGCGCCCUACCUCGACUCGUACGGCGAGACCGACCAGGGCCUGCGGCGAGGCAAUCCCCUCCACCUGUGCCCCGAGCGCUACGAGAAGCUGCGCAUGCUGUGGCUGAGCCACGGUCUCCACGAGCACAUCGCGCGCGCCGUCGACACCUCGAUGCUGGUGACGCCGCCGUGGCCCAACAUGUGAUCGCGCACGCUCGCAUACAUGCUCGACAUGGUCGAGCCGCCGCGCACGCGCUCACGACGGUAUUUCAGGAGUCAAUGACUUAACUAAAAUGAUUGUAAACUUAUUGCCAAUUUUCGUUAUCACCGUUGAAGGGUGGUGCUUCGUGACUGUAAUCGGUAUUGUAGGACGAGAGGUGUUUUAGAAAUUUGAUCCAAUGUCUAAAUGUUCAAUAUAAUGAAAUUACUUAUUGUGCUAUGUCCAAAUUGUGAAGGAAUUUACUGCGUUUGUAAAUGCUUUACAUGACAACAUUUUGUAGAGAAUGUUUUGCUGAUACAACUGUUAAGAAAUAUAAGCAAUGUUACAAACUUCAUGGUCUUACAUCCCAAUACACGAAAUUAAAAAAAAAAAAAAUAAUAUUGAAUGGUUUAAAUGUACUCUGGUAACAAAUUAGAAUGUUCCUCAACUAUCACUGAAAUUUUGGUUUAGGAUUGUAAACAGGGCCGCUAUUAAUUUGAAUCUAUUAAACCACACGUUAUAGUGAACAAAUUUCACCAAGAAAUAUACGAUAAAUACUAAAAUAAUUUUGGAACUAUUCGUAAAAAUCAUUGUUAUCAAUUUUGUAUGACAAUUAAAAAAAAAUUUUUUUUUGUAUUUAUUUCAAUUAUGUUCCUUGGAGAAAAUUCUUUAGUUUUAUUAUUCUAUAUGAUUGUAUUUUAAAUCAUCACUACCGUUUUAUACAAUUGACACCAACUAACGAACAAUUGUUUCGUGGUACUGAUUCCAUUGUUAAAAAAAGUUGAUCUAUAAAGCAAUAACAAAUAGAAUAAGGCAAUAGGAGAACGAUGUUACUCGCGGAAAUCGUUUUGUCGACUGUACGUACACAGAUUUAGAGCCUAUUUGUCUGAGUCUUUUUUUUUUUAAUCGAAUUUGACUAUUAAUUGCUUAAUAUUGUACAAAUUUUGUUUAAAUUGAAAUUUCUUGUUAUGUAUAAAGAUUAAUUCCUAUUACUUUUCUGUAUUCUACCAUAGUUUACGCCAUAUAAGUUGACUGCUCUACUUACGUAAUUUUUAGUUACGAUAUUUUAAAAUUUAAUUUAAAAAAAAAAAUUAACAAUGGUGUUUUAAUUAUUAUAAUUUGUACGUCGUAUUAUUAACAUGUUGUAUAUAGUUACACGCACAAGCUUAAAUUUUAUAAUUAUUGUUAGUAAUUUUCAUUUAUCCGUCUUAAUGAGAGUGAUAUUAAAUUUAUAUAAAAUUAACACAAAGGAAUGAUUGGGAGCCUGCGGGCGGGCUCGAAUUGUGGCUACAAAAAGCAAGAUAGUUAGGGCAGUUAAGAAAACUUGAGCUAUCCCAAGCUAAGAAUAUCUUUAAAAUUGUCUAAACCGACAGACUAAGGUCAAUUUUCAAAUGAUAACAAAUAGAAAUAGGUGACUUCUGUGUCACCAUUUCGUAGGUCUGCAUUGAUCCAAGCAUGCAUCCAUGCAUAUGAACUCUGCGAUAGAUAAUAUUUCAACUUUUCCCAGAUGCAUGUGGAAGAAUUUCGAUUUCACUCUGGUUUUAAAAUAAUAAACAAAAUUAAAUUACUGGCUUUAAUAUAAUAAUCAAAAUAAGUUUACUGACUUUAAAAUAAUAAACAAAAUAAACUAACGGACUUUAAAAUAAUAAACGAAAUGAACUUAUUGUCUUUAAAGUAAUAAACAAAAUUAACUUACAGACUUUAUAAUAACAAGGCAAAAAAAUUUGGUUUUAAAAUAUUAAAUGGAAUAAACUUAGGAUUUUUAAAUAAUAAACAAAAUAAACUUACUGGGUACCUGGUGGAUCAACACGCGAGCUUUGCCUCUGGUGUUGCGAUGGCCAAGCUUGCUUGCCGCCGCGAUGUUGUCUUUUAAAGAUUUACAUUAUACAUUUUAAUUUUAAAAAUAUUAACAUUUUCUAUUGGGUUUUUAUUAAUGGAUGAUAAUGGAAUGAUAACCCCACCUGCCCUAACUGUAUACGCUGGCGAGGCACCAGUGAGGGACGAUAGGUGGGGAAUACACUUGGAAUUCAGCACGAUGGUUUCCCCACCCCAGGGUGCGAGUGACAUUUCAUAGACAUGUCGAAGACUGUAAAUAUACGCUUCUUUAGGGGGCCACCUUCCCUCGCCCACUGGAAAAUAAUCGGAAAUACGAGAGUAAUUGUAUCUAUUAAAAUAUGUAUUAUACGUAUGUCUUUUAAAUUUGUAAUAUUUUAAACAUCCUGGAGUUUUGUAACUAUUAUAAUUUUUAAACAAUGCAUAUUUGUUGCUGCAAUUUUGUGAUUUUUUUUUUAUUACUAAUAUGAAUCUUAUUAUGUAGAUGUUACAGUUAUUAAUUAGAUAUUAAAGCAAAUCUUUUUACGUUCUAUCCACUAUACUAUAUAAUCAACUUGAAAGGAUACUGAUCGAGGCAGUUUGUAAACGAUGAACUUCGGGGCUUAUUUCAAAAUUGGAACUUGAUACGUAUGGGUCACGUGACCACUGACUGGCCAGUUUUGUCUAUGACAUUUUAAUGGCAAUGUGCAGGGCAGUUAAAUUGAAUUUGUGAAAUCGUGAGGCCCUGAGUACUCUUGAUAAGUCCCCCGGGUAGUAAGGUAAUCGAGGGUAGUGUUUGAUGGGCGCUUUUAUAAUUUAUUUUAUUUUACCGUCGUCAUGUUGUAGGAGACUAUAUGCAAUUGUACAGAGGCCCUUUUGAACUUCCGUGGACGUCCAUGAUAUGUAUUUGUUUUUCAUAAAGGUGGAAUAGUCCAUCCGUCUAACGGUAUACAACGGCGGGGCACCGGUGAAGGAUGGAGUUUGGUCAGUAGGAAAUAACCACGAUGGUUUCCAAGGGGUACCGCGUGGAGGUCGACCUGAUAGCGUGUGUAGUAAUGGAGACCAGUUUCUCUAACAUACUCCAGCUCCCAUAUUCUCGCGAAAAAUACAAUUGUAUAAGUAUUCGUUUUCCUAUUAUAUGGUACCGAACGGUAUAUUAUAAAGGUACCCAUUCAGUAGUAAAAACAUGAAGUGAUAGGAGGUAGGCAAUGAUUUGUGCAGUGUCUCCAGGACUAAAAAACAUAGUCCAAGAGACACGAGUAAAGGCUGUGUGAUUACUCAGUAUGCAUAUUUUCUCUUAUAUUAUAUAAUAUAGUAUGGGUACUUGUGACUUGUUAUCACGCACCCAAGAGCGUAGACACUGUGAAUUUAGUCAAUAAUUGUAAUAGAUUAUAUGAUUUGUUUUUAAUUAUAUUGUAAAUGAAAUUGUGCAAUUUUUCUUUUUCUGUGUGUUGUUUUCAUAUAAUUGUGUUAGCUAGCAUAUUAUAUAGAUACGAAUUGUAAGUUUGGUAAUAUAAACAUUGCCCUAACAAUCUCGAAGGCUUUUCCUUGAUGUUGAUUGUGAAUCACAUGAUAUUAUGCUAUAAUUUAAUUAACCAAUAAAGUUUUCUUUUUAAUAUGACGAAAAAUA